AUGCUGAACCAUACUACUCCAGCGACUCAACAACGCAACGCCACCUCUGAACCAUCAUUUCAAUCAUUCCGCAAUGUCUCCGCGUGUAAUCGUUGCCGUCUGCGCAAACAUCGCUGUGACCAGCGCCUCCCGCGCUGCGAACCUUGCGAGAAAGCAGGAACACGCUGCGUGGGCUACGAUCCACUCACCAAGCGAGAGGUCCCACGGAGCUAUGUAUGCUUCCUCGAGAGCCAGGUCAAAUAUCUCAAGCAGAUUUUGAUUGAUCAUGGUAUCGAAUUCAAAUGUGCUAUGCCCUUCGAUGAGAAGGAACCAUCGCGGACAGACGCCGUGAAGCACACGUUACCGCGAAGAGAUGAAUUUCCAUCCGAGAGAGCUGGAAUAGACGCUAGGAUUGAGCAGAGAACCGAGAACCCCUCGCUCAAGAGAAAGCUCAGUUCCCCCGCCGAUAACAUUCUGCCCCCACGACAAUUGAAGCGCGUCUUGCAGCUAAACUUGAUUCUCAAGGACCUGCUCACCGACAGCUAUGCAUCUUACCACUGCGACAAGGAGCAUGUGCAGCCACCUCCACAGAAGCCUGUCUCCACGCGAGCCGUGCAGGGUAUCUCCAUCCCACACGAGCCGUGGUCCACGCCAGAGCUAAGUGAUGGCCACGCGAGUUCCGAUUCGAGUUCUGGGUCUCCUGAAUCACUACUGCACUUUGACGACGCGCCUUCGGUCCAGGAUACUCCCGCUCUUAGCGACGACUUGCAAUUCAAAGGGCCGUCUACACCGGAGAGCUAUUGUACGGCUGAUCUUAAUACAAUGAAUAUCAAUACGGAUGCCCUUGGGUCGAGGCCACUUAUCAACACCAGCUCUCGGGAUUUUUCACAGGACGUCUCAGAGAAGCAAUUUGCUCCCCUAGAGCCAAAAGAAAUGCAAGCUAGUUCUGAGAUUGGAUUUGAUUUCACUUCGGGUCUCGACCAAAAACAGAACACGCAACCCACUUACGACCUUCUGGAUGAGUUCCUCAUCGGCUGGGAUGAAGACCGGCUGGGAAUAGACUAA